ACAGACCUAUAACUAAUGGAAGUACAGAGAAGCGCCGGGCCCCAACAGACAAACGGCAGCACCAUGUGUGAAUCCACGCAGAGGUCCUGCGAGCCUCGCCGAAAGAAAAUGGAUGAGCGCAGUGCACCCUCAGAAAUGGCCAGGAUAAUCACUGAUCCUGCCACGGGGAAGUGCUACUGCCGUGGAAAAGUUUUGGGAAAGGGAGGAUUUGCUAAAUGUUAUGAGAUGACCGACCUUUCCACCAGCAAAGUUUACGCAGCCAAAAUCAUCCCUCAUGCGCGCGUCUCCAAACCUCACCAACGGGAGAAGAUUGACAGAGAAAUUGAGCUGCACAGAUUGCUACACCAUAAACACAUCGUGCAUUUUUAUCACCAUUUUGAGGACAAGGAGAACAUCUACAUCCUGCUGGAGUACUGCAGCAGGAAAUCAUUAGCCCAUAUCCUGAAGGUCCGCAAAGUACUUACUGAGCCAGAGGUGCGUUAUUACCUGAGACAGAUUGUGUCUGGACUGAAGUACCUGCAUGAACAAGAAAUCCUUCACAGAGACCUGAAACUUGGUAACUUUUUUGUGAACGAGACGAUGGAGCUGAAGGUCGGGGACUUUGGUCUGGCUGCCAAGUUGGAGCCAGCGGGAAACAGGAGGAAGACGAUCUGCGGGACUCCCAACUACCUGUCCCCUGAGGUUCUCAACAAGCAGGGCCACGGCUGUGAAUCAGACAUCUGGGCCUUAGGCUGUGUAAUGUACACUAUGCUGCUGGGCAGACCUCCUUUCGAAACCACCAACCUGAAGGAGACAUACAGGUGUAUUAGAGAAGCCCGCUACUCCCUCCCCUCGUCCCUGUCACCACAGGCUAAGCAGCUAAUCGCCAGCCUGCUUGCCAAGAUGCCAGAGGACAGGCCCAACCUGGACCACAUUUUGAGGCAUGACUUCUUCACACAGAUGACCCACUUUGGUUCUUCACAGGGCUUCAGUCCAGAACGUCUGCCUGCUAGCUGCUGCCAUUCAGCACCAGAUUUCCACAUCUCUAGCCCUGCCAAGAGUUUCUUCAAGAAAGCUGCUGCUGCUCUGUUUGGUGGGAAGAGGGACAAGGUCAAGUACUACGAGACUCUGAAUAAGUUAACCAAAGAGGAAGAGGAGAUCUACAAGUUGCAGCAUGACUUGGAGAGAACUGCCAUCAGCCAACAGCACAGCAAAAAGGUGUCUGAGAAUGGAAGUCUACUUCCGCCAUCUGCCGAGAGCCCCGUUGCCCCGGCAACAGAGAGCCAGUCCCCGACGACGCAAGACACCAUCCGUCUGAUCGUCAGGGGGAGUCUGGGAAGCUGCAGCAGCAGUAGUGAAUGCCUGGAAGACAGCACGACAGGGAGUGUGGCUGAGACUGUUGCAAGUGUGCUGAGGGGGUGUCUGGAGAAUAUGCCUAAAGCCAGUGACAUUCCUCAGGGCUCAACCAGCUGCAGUCUUCAAUGGGUGACUAAAUGGGUGGAUUACUCCAACAAGUACGGUUUUGGAUACCAGUUAUCUGAUCACACCGUGGGAGUUCUCUUCAACAAUGGCACUCACAUGAGCCUCCUACCCGACCGAAAGACCAUCCAUUACUAUGCAGAGCUAGGCCAGCGCUCCGUCUUUCCCACCUGUGAGGUUCCUGAACACUUUGUCGGGCAGGUCACUGUGCUUAAGUACUUCUCCCAUUACAUGGAGGAAAACCUCAUGGAUGGCGGGGACCUUGGCACUAUAACAGACUCACACAUGCCCAGACUUUACCUGCUGCAGUGGCUCAAGUCAGACCGCGCCCUCAUGAUGCUGUUUAAUGACGGCACUUUCCAGGUCAACUUUUACCACGAUCACACCAAGAUCAUCCUGUGUUGCCAGAGGGACGAGUACAUGCUGACAUACAUUAACGAAGACCGCGUCUCCAAAACCUUCAAACUCAGCUCCCUGUUGAAGUCUGGCUGCCCUACUGACCUGCGGGAGCGCAUGGUGUAUUCCCUCAACAUGCUUCUGCAGAGAUGCAGCUAAACCCACACAGAGCGUGUGCUGGACAGACGAGCAAACCUACCGAACGUGUUACUGCGGUGGAAUGAGGAUGCCGAAAGAAUCCGUGGAAGACGAGUGGAUUUCAAGAAUGGAUUUGAGCAGAGUAAAUUAAUCCAGCUGUGCGGUGUCAUAAUCACUCGGGCACCAGUGCGAGGUGUGGAAAAAAAAUAAAAAAAGCAAGAGACUGAAAGACUGAGAAACUGAAAUGUAGCACAAUAACUGUGGAUGGAAAA